AUGACUAAAGACUACGAGCCCCAGCAUGACCGCUUCAACCUGCCUGGCUACGGCCUCCCCCUCGACUAUUCCCCCGUCGAGAUGAACAUUUACGGCGUGCGCCUGCGCAGUUUGUUUCCCAACUGUCUGGAUGACCGAGACUUGGAGAAGGGAUACGCUGAUCAACCCCUGUUGACCCUCCGGGAAAUCGACAUGAUGAAAGUCAUGGAAGAGAUCACCGAUGAGCCGGACUGGUUGACCGGCGUCGACGACGAGGACACCCUGCAGCGCUGGACACGCGAUGCCCUCGCCCGCCCAGACGUCGACAUCUCGCCCGCCAUGGCCCGCUGGAUCGUCGACGAGCUGCGCUUCAAGGCCAGGCUGUACCCGAUCACCAACGCCGUGAGCCUGUACAACGGCUGUGUCGUCAAGACCGACACCGCCGUCCCGGAUGCCCUGCGCGUCCAGCUCAGCGCCCAGUUCUACCUGCUGGGCCAGACCCCCGUGGGUCACGGCGAGCUGGUCCCCAGCACGGGCGAGAUCGAGCGCGACAUCAUCGCCUUGACCUACUACCCGCUCGUGUAUGGGCAGAGCCGCGCCCUCAAGAACACCGUCAUCGGCCUGGACGAUGCGAUCGACGCCAUCGGGCAGGGCGAGGUCAUUCCCCGGCCCGCGGAGACGGGCAUCGUCAAGGAGAACAUGACCUGGCGCGUCGCCUCGGACGCCGGCAUCACCGUCAAGCCGUACAGCACCAUGUUCCAGAUGCUGCCGACGGAUGACAGUGGCCGCAGACCUGGCGGCCGCUGGCGUAUUGCCAGCUACAUCAACAACCUGCAUCCGAUUCGUCAUCGCGAAUGCUACACCCUCAUUGAAGAGCUGCUCAACCUCGCCAUCCCCAUGUUCAACACCGCCAUGACCCCCCUGAAGGACAUGCUGCACUCGCGCGCUCGCAUCGAGUAUCACGUCGCCGAGUACUACCCGCUGGCUCCCGAGGUCGCCGCCCAACGGCCUCAGAUCCUCCCCGGCGAGAGCGAUUAUGAGUUCGAGCAGCGUCUGCAGGACUGGCGCGCAGCAACCCAUGUCGCCGUGCAGCCCGACGUCGACUCGUUCCGGCCCUGGGCCGUGCCUGUCUCAAUGCUCGGCCAUCUGCCGCACGACAUGCCCGACCCGGUCCGCAUCCAGAUCGACGUCGAUCUGGACCGCGAAUACGCCGCCCGGGGACUGCAGAUCAUCGUGCGCAUGCUGGAGGUCAACGUCAAGCCCGAGAACCCGGUGUGGGAGAUCGACUGGCACGCCGAGGGCCAGAUGAACGAACACAUCUGCGCCACGGCCUUCUACAUCGUCGACCACGACAACCUGCAUGACUCGUAUCUCGCCUUCCGCCAGCGGUCGGAUAUCUCGACGCUCCGCGAGGUGACGCGCGAUCCCAACGAUACCGUCUGGUUGAAGCAGGUGUUCGGUCUCGAACACGGCCACCCCGCCGUCCAGCGCUCUGGCGCCGUCAAGGUCGUCCCGGGCAGGCUGAUCGUGUUCCCCAACACCAUGCAACACGACACUCGACCCUUCCGCCUGGUGGACCCCUCCAGGGAGGGCCACUCGCGUGUGAUGAUGAUCUUCCUCGUCGAUCCGAAUAUCCGCAUCAUCUCUACCGCCAACGUGCCGCCGCAGCGCAUGGACUGGACCAAGGAGGCCGAGGUGCUGGCCCGCGCAGAUGCCUCCCUCGACCAGUUCCCGCUCGCCACCCAGGACCGCAUCAUGAAUCGCCACGAUGGGUUCCCCUUCACCAAGCAGGAUGCCGAGGAGUAUCGCGCCAGGAUGUGGAAGGAGCGCCGGGACUUUUCCCUCUACCAUCACGUCGCUUUUUCUUCCAGUGUGGUGGAUUUGUAA